GUUACUUUCCCUCUAUUCCCCUGGGAGGAUAAAAAUAGUGGGCGCGCGGAGCAUUGUGGGAGGAGCAGGUUUCCAACAUGGCGGAUUCUACAAAAAACGCAGCAGCUAACACUGCUAAUGGCACUGAAGAGGCAGGCAAGGGAUCCGCUGGCACCGCUAAGAAAGAGGGGGCGUCGGUGGUAUUCAAGCUGUACUGCCUGGCAGUGCUGACUGUCAUGGCGGCAUCGUACACGGUACUGAUGCGCUACACGAGGACUGUCGAAGGCGUACGGUACUACUCCACCACCACGGUUUUCGUCACCGAGUGCGCCAAGAUGUUUUUCACACUGUGCAUCCUCCUGAAAGAGCAUAAGGGCAGUAUACGAAAAGUUACACAGGAACUAAAAGGGAAUAUCGUCGGGAAGCCCAUGGAAAUGUUGAAGAUGAGCGUGCCGUCCAUCGUAUACGCCAUCCAGAACAACAUGACGUUUAUCGGACUCAGUAACCUGGACGCAGCAACAUACCAGGUGACAUACCAGAUGAAGAUCCCAUGUACGGCCCUGUUGUCUGUGAUGAUGCUGGGCCGAAGUCUCAGCAGUAUGCAGUGGAUCGCAGUUUUUGUUCUAACAGGUGGCGUCAUUUUAGUCCAGGGCAUAGGAGGAGAGGCAGUGAGCCACACCUCCGGAACUGAGGGAAGCUAUGUUGUGGGCCUGACUGCUCUGACCAUUGCCGUCUUCUGCUCAGGAUUUGCAGGGGUUUACUUUGAGAAACUGCUGAAGGGUUCGGACACCUCCCUGUGGGUGCGGAACGUGCAGAUGUACACCUGGGGCAUGCUCAGUGCCUUCCUGGGCGUGGUCAUGCACGACUGGCAAAAUGUCAGGGAGAACGGCUUCUUAUACGGCUACACACCCCUCGUCUGGCUGGUCGUAUUGCUAGGCAGCGGUGGUGGCAUCUACACAUCCAUUGUAGUGAAGUACACCGACAACAUCAUGAAAGGUUUCGCGGCAGCUGCGGCUAUCGUGUUGUCUACCGUCGCUUCUAUCAUGUUCAUGGGCCUCGUCGUCGGAUGGAUGUUCGUCUUGGGCGCCAGUCUCGUCAUAGCCGCCAUCUUUUUGUACGGCCUUCCCAAAACCAACACGGAAAAACUCCCCGCUAGGAAAAGUGGGACGGCCCAGAAUGUGUGAGGCCACCUUGUGGUAGUAUCCAGUACUGCACCUUGAUGUCUUUUCAUAUCGACUUUAUGAAAUUAUCCUUAUGUGUUUAGUGGUAGAUAUAUCACAUAGAAAUUUGGUGGGUGAAUUUUUUAUGCCAGAUUGGGAAUGAUCAUAAUUUUUGUUCCAUAUAGGGCCACAACUGUCUAAUCGAUUGUUGUUUUUGUUUAUUUUACAAAAUUGUGGGGAAAAGGGUGUAAAAGGUGAAGUGAGAUUUUUAGUUUCCUGUUCUUUUUUUUUAGAUGGCAGCUACUUUUGGGGUAAUAUAGGGGGCUUUGCAGAGACCCUUGCUGCAGAGAUAAAUUUGUGAAUGGGAACUUAUAACACCCUAAGAGAGUCUUUAAAUGGCAUCAAAAAGUAUUGGUAAUGUUACAGAUUUAGGCAGCACAGGAAAAGGUUUUGAAAAAACCUUGUAGAUUGUACAAAAUCAUGAAAUUUUGAAUGAAGUAAAUCUUUAGCACCUAAAGAUUUAGCAUGUUGAAGCUCCACUAUAUAUGACUUGUAACAUUUUGGCCAAAAGCUUGGACAUACUCCAGUCUGAGAGAAGAAAUCCUGUACAAAUGAAUGACAUGUACAUGCA